GGUGUGGCUAUUAUUUACAAAAUCUGGAGCCAAGCUUCUGAUCCUUUUCCCCAGGACGAUUCUCACCAUCGGUAAUUCCCCCAAAAUCCCGAGGGCAGUGCACAUCCCACUGCUCUCAACCGUCUUAAGAGCAACCCGACUGCCCACGCACGGUGCCGGGCCGAUUGGCGAAUCAGCGCUCGCCGUGUGCCUGGCCGGGGAGCCCGUCUCCGCCGGAAAACCCUUGCAACCGAGAAAAAAACCUGCCGUGGGACCUCCCGACCGCCAAACAGAGUUCACAGAUCAUAGGCCAAGAGCUAAUUUCAUUCCCCACCAAAAUUACCCCCCGCAACUGACGAGAAUUUUAGCGUGGGGGUUCCCUGGGGUUUUGCACGCAACCGGAGGCAAGUGGAGUUGGGGAAUGUGCAAAGAGAAAAAGGGAAAAAUGCCCCCCUCGAUCGACUCUUUUUCUUUCUUCUCGGUGUGAGAAUCCGGCCUGGUUGCUUAGAGAAACUCCCCAAAGCACAGUAUAUACCACAAUGGCGGACGAUAUCUCACGAAACAACGGUGACCGCAUCGAGGUUGAGAUUGAGAAGGAGCGGAUCGAAAAUCUCGAACAUGUCGCCGAGCAGCAGCAGAAUGUCGUGCCUCAUAUCGACCCGGCUCGUCGAGCCGUCGUCGAGAAGAGCCUCAAGCGUAAGCUGGAUGCUCGCUGCAGUCUGUUCGUGUUGAUCUAUAUCAUGAACUACCUCGACCGCAACAAUAUCUCGGCGGCUCGUCUGAAGGGUCUGCAGGAGGAUCUCAACCUCACGGAUACUCAGUACUCGACCUGUCUGAGUAUUCUCUAUGUGGGAUAUAUCCUGAUGCAGGUUCCUUCGAAUAUGUUCAUCAACCGUAUCCAGCGGCCUUCUCUUUACAUCGCCAUCGCGAUGACUCUCUGGGGUCUGAUCUCGACCUGCUCGGGUCUGGCAGGCAACUUUAGCCACAUGGUGGCUAUCCGUUUCCUGCUCGGUUUCAUCGAGGCUGCCUUCUUGCCCGGUGCCCUUCUCAUUCUCUCCAAGUGGUACACCCGCCGAGAGUUGACCACCCGGAACGCCAUCCUGUUCUGUGGUAACCUGAUCUCCAACGCCUUCUCGUCGCUUGUCGCUGCGGGUGUCCUGUCCAACAUGGACGGUGUCCUGGGCCAUGCCGCUUGGCGCUGGCUCUUCUGGAUCGAAGGUGCUAUUACCAUGACCAUUGCCAUCUCGGCUGCUUUCAUCCUUCCUGACCUGCCCACCAACUCCCGGGGUUUCUCCGAGGAGGAGCUCCUUGUGGCGCAGCUUCGUAUUCUGGAGGACGUUGGCGAGGCCGAUACCGACUCGGAGGAGCAGAGCCCCUUCAGUGGCCUCAUCAUGGCUCUGAAGGAUUUCAAGAUCUACCUGAUGAUGCUCGCUUUCACCGCGUAUGUCGUGGGAUUGUCUUUCAACGCUUUCUUCCCUACUCUUACCGGUACCCUUGGCUUUUCCUACGUUCCCACUCUCCUCAUGAGUGCUCCCCCAUGGGUCUUCUCCUGUAUCUUCUCCGUGAUCAAUGCCUGGCACGCGGAUAGAACCCAGGAAAAGAUCUGGCACAUCUACGGCCCCAUCUUCAUGGGUCUCGUCGGCUUCAUCAUCAGCAUGUCCACCCUCAACGUAGCAGCCCGCUACAUCGCCCUCUUCCUCCAAGCCGGCUCCUACGCCGGCUUCAUCGUCUUCUACUCCUGGAUCAGCUCCUCCUUCCCCCGACCCCCAGCCAAGCGUGCCGUCGCUCUCGCCCUGAUCAACGCAUUCAGUCAACUCGGUAACGUCGCCGGCUCGUACGUCUGGGAUCUCAAGGAUAACGGAUACCGCAAGAGCUACGGUAUCGUCACUGCCAUGUACGGCAUUACCAUUGUCGGCUUCUGGAUCUUCCGCAUGAUCCUGGUCAAUCUUAACAAGAAGCUUGAGCAGAAGGAGGCCGCGUGGGAUGCUGAACAUACGGAGUCGCAGACUGGGGAUGUGGUGUUUAUGGAGAGUGCGGAUGAGUCGUUGCGGAUGCGUAAGGGCUUCAGAUAUCUGGUUUAAAGUGCUGGUUUGCUCGGAUCAGAUAGUUAUGACUGUCAUCAUGCCUGGUGGUGUGUGGCGGAUUUGUAUGAACAGUGGGCCUUUGGCCUUGAUGCAUGGGUAUACCGUGUGUAAAUUUGGAUAUAGUAUAUGCGAAACAACGCGACAUGAACAGAAACAAUGUGUUCUUCAG